UUACAGUAGAAUUCGACGCGAGUCCGGCGAGUCGAGCCAAGUCGAGCAGUCGAGUCAAGUCGAAUUCUAUAAAUCCUGGAAGAGACGUCGUGAUUAAAGGUUACGAAUUGACUUCAAAAUUAACAUUGUAGCAAAGAAAGAGUUUUUACUCUCCGAUUGUACCUUAUUAAGGGCGAUUAAAUCGAUAAUGCUGUUACCUUCUACGGUAUUAAAUGUUAUAAGUAGGAACAUUUCUACAUCAACUCCUGUAAAUCACAUAAUUAAAUUAAGUCGAUUGAGAGUAGUGGACAACAGCGAAAUAGGAAAGUUAGCUAUGAUGGAAGGUAAACCACCACGAUGCAUACACGUUUACAACAAAGUUGGGGUGGGAUACAUUGGAGAUAGAAUUUUAGUCGCUAUAAAAGGUGAAAAGAAAAAAGGUAUUCUAGUUGGAUUGAAGCAAAAACAGGCUCCUAAAGUUCCCAGAUUUGACAGCAACAAUCUGGUGCUCAUAGAUGAUAAUGGGACGCCUCUAGGUACAAGAAUACAUGUGCCCAUUCCACAUAUACUCCGAACGAAAAUGAAAGGGAAGACUCAUACUAAAGGAGCAGAUUAUACUAAACUAAUAGCGAUUGCAUCCAGAUUCGUGUAAUAUAUCUUCCUUACUAUUGUAAUUUAGAAAUGUAUCAAAUAUCAAUAAAAUAUUAAUAUUGUAAUUCUUAUGUAAAAAA